CUCCCUCGGCACGGGGCCGAGCCGAGCCCAACCGGGCCGGACUGCGCCGGGCCCAGCCGAGGAGCCAAACACAAGCGUGCCCAGCGCAGCCGAACCGAACCGAGCUAAGCCGGGACGGGCAGAGCCGACUGGAGCCGGACUGAACCGAGGAGUCGAAUCCGAGCGCAGCUGAACCGAGCCGGGCGGGGCCGAACCGAGCUGAACAGAGCCGAGGAGCCGAACCGAGCCGAGCCGAGUGAGGCCGAACCGAGCCGAGCGCGGCUGAAGGCGGCUUAACCCAACCGAGGCGCCGUACCGAGAACAGCCGAGUGAGGCCGAACCGAGCCGAGCGGAGCCGAACAGAGCUGAACCCAGCCGAGGCGCCGAACCGAGCCGGGCCGAGCGCAGCCGAGCGAGGCCGAGCCGGGCCGAGCGCAGCCGAGCGGAGCCGAACCGCUUCGUUUCCUCGCCGUUCCCCACGGGGUGACCUCGGUGCCGGGCGGGCCGGCGGCUCCCAGCCCCACGUGUCACCAUGGCGUCCCGCAUCGGGCUGCGGAUGGAGCUGAUGAAGCAGCAGGCGCAGCAGGAAGCGGAGCGGGAGCGGGUGCAGCAGCAGAUGAUGAUGAGCUACAUGCAGCAGCAGCGCAUGCCCGUGGCCUCCAGCCCCGCCAUCAACACCCCCGUCCACUUCCAGUCCCCGCCGCCCGUGCCCGGAGAGGUCCUCAAGGUCCAGUCCUACCUGGAGAACCCCACCACCUACCACCUGCAGAAGUCUCGGGACAAGAAGGUCCAGGCUUAUCUCUCCGAAACCUACGGGAACAAGUUCGCUGCCCACGUCAGCCCCGCCAGCCACUCUCCCAAGCCACCCCCGGCCGCGUCCCCCGGCGUCCGGCCCGGCCAUGUCCUGUCGUCCUCGGCGGGCAACAGCGCUCCCAACAGCCCCAUGGCCAUGCUCAACAUCGGCUCCAACCCCGAGCGGGAGUUCGAUGAGGUCAUCGAUGACAUCAUGCGCCUGGAUGACGUUUUGGGCUACAUGAACCCCGAGGUCCACAUGCCCAACACGCUGCCCAUGUCCAGCAGUCACAUGAACGUCUACAGCGGGGACCCGCAGGUGACGGCGUCACUCGUUGGUGUCACCAGCAGCUCCUGCCCCGCCGACCUCACCCAGAAGAGAGAGCUCACAGAUGCCGAGAGCCGAGCCCUGGCCAAAGAGCGCCAGAAGAAAGACAAUCACAACCUGAUCGAGAGGCGGCGAAGGUUCAACAUCAACGACCGCAUCAAGGAGCUGGGAAUGCUGAUCCCCAAAGCCAACGACCUGGACGUGCGCUGGAACAAAGGGACAAUCCUGAAGGCGUCCGUGGACUACAUCAAGAGGAUGCAGAAGGACCUGCAGAGGUCCCGGGACCUGGAGAAUCACUCGCGGCGCCUGGAGAUGACCAACAAGCAGCUGCUGCUCCGCAUCCAGGAGCUGGAGAUGCAGGCACGCGUCCACGGGCUGCCCACCUCCUCGCCCUCGGGCGUCAACGUGGCCGAGCUGGCUCAGCAGGUGGUCAAGCAAGAAGCCAGCGGGGACGAGGGGACCCCGGAGCCGCUGCUGCCGUCCCUGGACCCCGAAUCGCAGCCGCAGCCGGCGCCGCCCGCGCCGCCCCAGUCUCCCUAUCACCAGCUGGACUUCACCCACAGCCUGAGCUUCGACGACGGCUCCCAGGGCUUCCCGGACGGCCUGGAGCCCGGCCACAGCGCUUCCUUCCCAUCCCUAUCCAAGAAGGAGCUGGACUUGAUGCUGAUGCAGGACACGAUGCUGCCCCUGGCCUCUGACCCCUUGUUCUCGGCCAUGUCCCCGGAGGCCUCCAAGGCCAGCAGUCGCCGGAGCAGCUUCAGCAUGGAGGACGCGGACAUGCUGUGAGGGGGAGCUGCCGGGGCAGCGGCUGCGGCGCCAGCUUUGGGUGGGCAAAGUCCCAGGACGCUCCUGGCGGGAGGAGCCCGUCCCGCCACGCACUUGAACCUCCCCAGGAGCGCCUUUCUCUAUGCAAGCGGGGCUCGCGUCGGGCGCCCGCCGUGUCUUUCGCAGCUUCUUCCCGCCUUUGCCGUGGCGCUGGCCUGACUGCAGAUUCCACAGCCUGGGAAGCGAGAUCUCGGCUGUUUUUGCCUUUCAGCAGAACCCUCCUGGCCUCACGCCCUUCCCUGGGGUGUUUCCUGGAGCCCCCGGGGGCGGAGGGAUGAGCUUUGUGUCCGCUUCGGUGUCUCCUUGCCUUGCUCUGGGAUCCUUCAUCCCCGCCCUCCUGGGGUCUUCCCCAGCCCCUGGAUGCUUCCCAGUCCAUCCAGUCCCUCCUUUCUGGGAGCACCCGCUGCCUCUGGGGUCACGGG